CAUUUGGAAUUAGAACUUCUUCCAUAAUUUUAAGUUCCUAUACCAUUCCAAUUCUUUGGCUAAUGGUCUGUGGGUCCUCAACACUUAGAAACAUCAUCAAUCACAUAAUAAGCCAUCCAUCCAUCAAUCAUGAUUCUUCUUCUUCUUCUUACUACUAUUAUUAUUAUCAUUAUUGGUUUCCUCAGUUUCUUAAUUCACCCUCUUCUCCAACAUCCAUGGCCACUCCAAAAAGAGGCAAAGAUAUGGAAUUUAAAUCAUGUUACUAUUGUGGCAUUAUGCUAGUUUUGUUGUUGACCCCUUGUUGUUCUGAAGACAAACAUGACGAUCAAGUUCAUAUUUUGAUGAAGCUUUUGAGGGAUCUAAACGACACCAAUGGAAGACUUAAGGAUUGGAAUGUCUUUCUAGUUAGCCCUUGCUAUAGCUGGUCGCAUGUCAUUUGUGAUCAUGAACAAGGAAAUGUCAUAUCCUUGAGUCUUGGUUCCAUUGGUUUUUCGGGGAAACUAUCAAGUUCGAUAACCAAACUGAAGUUUUUGACGAACUUGGACUUACAAGAUAAUAACUUAUCAGGCGAGUUGCCCGAUCUUAGUAGCUUGGUGAACUUGCAAACUCUAAAUUUAGCAAGGAAUAAGUUUAGUGGAUCUAUACCAACCUCUUGGGGUCAACUCUCCAAUUUAAAAUAUUUGGAUGUUUCUUCCAACAAUCUAAGUGGAAAAAUCCCUGAACAAUUAUUCUCAACGAGUGUAUUCAAUUUUACAGGAACAUCUCUUGAUUGUGGCACAACACUGCACCAACCUUGCAUUUCGACUUCUUCUGUUACAGGUUCUGCUAGAAAGUCAAAACUAAAGUUCCUUACGGUUGGCGCAAGCUGUGGUGCUCUAUUGCUUUUAUUGUUUGCGGCGAUUUUUUUAUACCGAUUCAACCUUAAGCGUAAACUUAACCAUGAUUUGUUUGUUGAUGUUGAAGGCGAAGACGACAGUAAAGUUUCCUUUGGGCAACUUAGACGAUUUUCAUGGCGUGAAGUACAGUUGGCAACCGACAACUUUAAUGAGAGCAACAUUAUAGGACGGGGAGGGUUUGGUAAAGUUUAUAAAGGUGUUCUUGCUGACAACACAAAAGUCGCGAUUAAGAGACUCGCGGAUUAUCAAAGUCCUGGUGGAGAGGCUGCAUUCUUAAGGGAAGUUCAGUUGAUAAGUGUUGCAGUUCAUCGUAACCUCCUUAGGUUGAUUGGCUUUUCAACCACAUCAUAUGAACGAGUACUCGUAUACCCGUUCAUGCAAAACCUUAGUGUUGCAUACCACUUACGCGAUCUAAAACCGGGAGAGAAAGGUUUGGAUUGGGCGACACGAAAGCGAAUAGCUUUUGGUGCAGCUCGUGGCCUAGAAUACUUGCACGAGCAUUGCACGCCUAAGAUCAUUCAUCGUGAUCUUAAAGCCGCAAAUAUCUUGUUAGACGAUGAUUUUGAACCGGUUCUUGGGGAUUUUGGGCUAGCAAAACUUGUGGACACCAACCUCACUCAUAUUACAACACAAGUACGAGGAACCAUGGGACACAUUGCUCCUGAGUAUUUGUCUACCGGUAAAUCCUCGGAGAAGACAGACGUUUUUGGAUAUGGUAUUACAUUGUUAGAGCUCGUAACUGGACAACGCGCAAUAGAUCUAUCCCGGCUCGAAGAUGAGGAAGAUGUUCUCCUUCUUGAUCAUAUCAAGAAACUGCUUAAGGGGAUGAGGAUUAGCGACAUCGUGGACCCGAACCUGACGGUUUACGAUGCUAAAGAAGUGGAAACAAUGAUUCAAGUGGCGCUAUUAUGCGCCCAAGGUUCACCGGAAGAGCGUCCGAAAAUGGGAGAUGUGAUCCGUAUGCUGCGAGGACAAGGUUUGGCGGAGCGAUGGGCGGAAUGGGAGCAAGUUGAACAAGUUAAAAGUCGAGAAUCGUCUCGUAUGUCGCAUCAAUUUGCUUGGGGAGAAGACUCCACUCAGGAUCAAGAAGCCAUACAAUUGUCACAAGCCCGAUGAUUAAAUCUGGAUCGACAUACUUGAAAAACUACUACACUUGCAAUAAGGUUUUGGGUGUUUUGUAACAUUUAUAUGCCUAAAUUGAGAAUUUAAAUACUUAGAUAUAUAUAUACGUUGUUUGCUAACA